AUGGCAACCGUCCACGGUAUUUGCAGUCCCAAGUUCGAGGGAGUUCGCUCCAUUCUCGAGAAUUACCUUAACUCUGGAGACGAGCUUGGUGCUUCCAUCACUAUCAACAUUGACGAUGAAGUGGUUGUGGAUAUGUGGGGUGGACACAAAGACCAAGAGCGCAAGGAACCUUGGGAUAAGGAUACCAUUGUCAAUGUCUUCUCCAGCACAAAGACAGUCACCAGUCUUGCGGUUCUCAUCCUUGUUGAUCGAGGAUUGAUCGAUGUUAAUGAGCGAGUCUCCAAAUACUGGCCCGAAUUUGGUCAGAACGGCAAGGAAGACGUUCUUGUCCGACAUCUACUCUCAUACGCGUCUGGUGUCCCAGGCUGGGAGGAGCCCCUCUCAACAGAAGACAUGUACGACUUGGAGAAAAGCAACGCGAUGCUAGCACGCCAAGCUCCAUGGUGGACACCCGGUACAGCUUCUGGGUAUCAUGCUUUGACUUAUGGUCAUCUUCUUGGAGAGCUCGUUCGUCGAGUUUCUGGCAAAUCGCUGCGUGAGUUUGUCGCCACCGAGAUCUCAGGUCCUUUGGACGCCGACUUCCAGAUCGGCGCCUCGAAGGAGACGUUGGACCGGGUUACCCCCAUCGUACCUCCGGACGCUUCGGGUAUCUCAAUCGAUUUUGAGGCUGGGUCUGUACAAGCAAGAACAUUGCUCAACCCGCCCGUAGAUCCCAACUGCGCAAACAGUGAAGGCUGGAGGAACGCAGAAAUAGGCUCUGCCAACGGUCACGGCAACUCACGAUCGCUCGCACGUAUCCUGUCUGUUGUUACUUUGGGAGGUGAAACUGGAGGCAAGCGCAUCUUGAAGGAGGAAACGGUCAAUUUGAUCUUUGAAGAACAGCAAUCCGGGACUGACUUGGUUUUGCAAAUGCCUUUCAGAGUUGGAAUUGGGUUCGGAUUGACGCCAUGUGUCGCACUAGACUGGCUCCCAGAAGGCAAGGUGUGCUUUUGGGGUGGCUGGGGAGGUUCUUUUAUUGUCAUGGAUCUUGACAGACGCAUGACUAUUUCUUACACCAUGAACAAGAUGGGUAGUGGUCUUGUGAGUAGCGACAGGGCUGCGGUUUAUGGCAAGGCUAUUUAUGAUGCAGUUAAAGAGUAG